CGUCUCCAUGGCAACCCAGUGGGGCCUAGCAGCGCAGGGAGACCGCAGGGAGGGCGCAGCGGGCUGGACCUGCGGCCCAGGACUGCUCAGACCUUUCCAGAGAGCAGCGCAGAUUAAAACUCAAGACGAACAAGCCAGAUGUAGACAGUUUUUGGCAUGGAGAACCAAGCCCAUACCACAGCGGGAGCAUCUCCUUGUGAAGCAGAGCUCCAGGAACUGAUGGAACAAAUUGACAUCAUGGUGAGCAACAAGAAGCUGGACUGGGAAAGGAAGAUGCGGGCUUUAGAGACACGGUUAGACCUCCGGGAUCAAGAGUUGGCCAAUGCGCAGACUUGCUUGGACCAGAAAGGCCAGGAGGUGGGCUUACUUCGACAGAAGUUGGACAGUCUAGAAAAAUGUAAUUUAGUAAUGACUCAGAACUAUGAAGGGCAGCUACAGACCCUCAAAGCUCAAUUUUCUAAGCUAACCAAUAACUUUGAAAAACUGAGGUUACACCAGAUGAAGCAAAACCAAGUUCACCGAAAGGAAGCCUCCAGCAAAGAAGAAAUACCCUUCGAGCUGAGCAGUUUGAACCAGAAGCUGGAGGAAUUUAGAGCGAAGUCAAGGGAAUGGGACAAACAGGAGAUCCUCUACCAGACUCACCUAGUAUCUUUGGAUGCUCAACAAAAAUUACUAUCUGAAAAAUGCAAUCAAUUUCAAAAACAGGCACAAAAUUACCAAACUCAGCUAAAUGGUAAGAAGCAAUGCCCAGAGGACAGCAGCCCUGAGAUUCCUCGUCUGGUGUGCGAAUCAGAUCCUGGUUGUGAAGCCAGCCAGAGAGAUGAGUUUAUUAUUGAAAAGUUAAAGUCGGCGGUGAGUGAAAUAGCACUGAGCAGGAACAAGUUACAGGAUGAAAACCAGAAGCUGCUACAAGAACUGAAGAUGUACCAGAGGCAAUGCCAGGCCAUGGAAGCAGGACUGUCAGAGGUGAAGAAUGAGCUACAGUCACGUGAUGAUCUUCUGAGGAUUAUAGAGAUGGAAAGACUGCACUUGCACAGGGAGCUGCUGAAAAUGGGAGAGUUCCAGGCUGCUCACGAUAACAGGAAAAGACUUGAAUCGUCAUAUUCCCCUUCUACUAAAGAACCAGAAAGGAAGAGGAGAGAGUUGUUUGCAAUGGUCUCAGAUCAACCAAAUCACGAAAAGGAAUUAAACAAAAUGAGAAGCCAGCUCUAUCAGGAGGAAGACCGAUGCUCCGAACAGGAACGCAUGAGGAAUGAGAUCUCGGACCUCACCCAGGAGCUCCACCAGAAGGAGAUAACUAUAGCAACUGUCAGGAAGAAAGCUGCCCUUCUGGAAAGACAACUAAAGAUAGAGUUAGAAAUAAAGGAAAAAAUGUUAACAAAGCAACAGGUCUCGGAUAUGAGAUACAAAGCUGUCCGAACAGAAAACACGCACCUGAAAGGAAUGAUGGGAGACUUAGACCCUGCUCGGUACUUGCAUCAAGACAGUGGAAGCAACUGGAAGCAUUCUCCCUUCCUCCUUGAGCCUGGCUGUGGACCCUGUGACUGGAGCACAGCUGGAUGAAAAGGGAAGCUUGCUGGUCUCCCUCUCUGCUUCAUUAAAACCCUGCCUGUCAUCUCUGCCUUUUCAUUCCCAACAUGGGACACACACGUGCUUGUCUGUGUCUCUCCCAGGUCACCAGAGCCCUGCUGAGGGGCUUCACUCUGCUCCUGUAGGCUUUCAGCUUUGCUCAUUCAUAUUAUUUGAUUUUCUAAGAACUGAACUGCACAAAGAUAUAUAAAGCAGCGCUAAUUACCACACCCCUCCCCCCAGCUCCACUUGGGCAGCAGAGGGCUCUGUGAUGGCAAGCAAGUGGUGGCCCCUGUAGCUUGUUCCUGAGCAUUCCCACAGAGAAGGUGGGGAGAGAGAGUCUCCUACAAAGUAGAUGUGAAACUCAGGUGCUGCCCAGAGCUGAUCUCGAGCUGUGCGUGCAUUUGACUGUUUUUAUAUUCUCACCUGGAAAAAUCGGUCAGUACAAAAUCCCAACACGUAUGUGUGGGAGCAGCUCCUUGAGGAGGAGCCAUUGGCUCGCAGGAUAUGUGUGUCUUGAUGCUAAUGCCAUUAUCAUCUUUCUCAUUCAUCGCUGUGCUUUUCGCUGCCGGUACUAUUACUACAGCAAUCUUUUCUACGGCAGUUUGAUUUUCAUUUCCCUGCCGUAGGUGGGGAAAUCAUUUCCUGCACCUCUUGGCAGUUUAUAACAAUAUGAAUUAGAUAUACUUUGUAAAUAUUUUCGCUGAUGUAAGUUUUUUCUUGUCAAUUUAUUGAAGCAUUUUCAAAGUCUGUUUUCUGUAACUUUGUAUUUUUGCCAAAGAAGUUUGACUUUGACUUACCAGAAACCACUCGCCUUGAUGGAUAUGGUGGAGCUGCCGUCUUUGGUGACAGGGUUUCCACAUGUACCUGUGCCCUUCUGUACUUUUUCAGAGGUUUUAUAUUUUCCAUCCAAUUGUUCGAUUCAUUAAAAUUGUACUUUGAAAUGCAAUGUGUAAUAGCACAGUUAAAAUUUUCAUAUAGACUAAGCUCAACGCGCCAGGUUUCUCCUUGUAAUUUCCUGUGGAUUCUAUCUGGAAUUGAAUUCGUUUUUGUAUUAACUUGGAAGACAAAGCUUUCGUUAUAAUAAGAUAUAGAAUGAUUCCCAUUCCCUUAUAAUACAUUUCCCAAUAAUACAAUUUUCUUUGAAUAGCUCCUGUCUCCUUCCUUUAAACCAUUUCCCAAGUUAUUUACAAUUCUUCUUGCUGUUAUAAAUAGACUAUCUGCUUUUACCACAUCAGCAGCUAAUUGCUAGCAUAGAAGGAGGUCCACGGGAUGUUAUUCCUUCUAGAGCAGUGGCUCUCAACCUUCUUAGCGCUGUGACCCUUUAAUACAGUUCCUCACGUCGUGAUGACCCCAUCCAUCAAAUUAUUUUCAUUGCUACUUCAUAAUAGUAAUCUUGCUGUUAUGAAUCAUCAUGCAAAUAUCUGAUAUUUCCAAUGGUCUAAACUGACCCCUGUGAAAGGGUCAUUGGACCUCCAAAGGGACCACGACUCAGGGCUGAGAGUUGCUCUGCUAAAGGAACUUUGUUAGCACAGUGUAGCUCUCGGGCUCUCUCCUUUUCUCCAGAGCUCACGCCCAUCCCUGUCAUUGUCAUGAUGUCCUUACUAGGACAUCCGAGAAAAUCGAAGUCGCGGCAGGACUCGCAAGCAAAUUAUCUAGUUUCUGACUAUAAAUGUCACACUUCUGGAGGUUUGUGGGGUGUGAAUUUGUUUUCAGCCCAGGAUCCUGUGUCGUUCUUUCUGCCCUGUUAUGAAAUGCAGCUGCUAGCACUUGUCAGGGCCUUGCGACAGAGGUGACCCUUGCAUUUGCCGACGUGUCAGACACUAUGGUCGACAUAUUUCCCAGUUUCUGUCCAAUGUGGGUUCCAGGGAUAAAUCUUCCUAGUUCUAAAUUAACUUGAUAUCACAGAGUGUGUGCUUAGAAGAGCAGGACUCUGGGAGGAGGCUAGAGGUCCCAAGGGACGGUCCUCAGGGCAUGUUCCUCCUAACCUCAGUGCAGGAGGUUUCUGCACAGGCUCCCUCCCCCCUCCCCCUCUCUGUCCCCUCUCCUCUCCCCCCUUCUCUCCCCCCCCCCCCGCUGGUCUGUGACAGUCUUUGGUGUCCCCAGCAGCACCC